UAGGAGACAAGGGCGAACAGCAAAUGGAUCUCUCCUUUUCCUGCAUUGUAUUAAAACACCGUUCCCAUUAAAUUAUUUACGAAGUCCCGAUAACAAAAAGCUUUCUCCUUUUCAAUCAUCCCCUCGUGAAGGAAACCCCGUCUCUCCCCUCGAGAAUUACGUAACACGAACUAAAAAAACUACACCAGAAAAAGACAGAAAAAGGGUAAAGACGGAGAGAUAGAGAGAGAGAGAGAAUGACGGCAGCGGGAGAAGGAGGGGCGGCGGCGGGGAGGACCCCGACGUGGAAGGAGAGAGAGAACAACAAGAGGAGAGAACGUCGCCGGCGAGCCGUAGCGGCCAAGAUCUUCGCCGGACUCAGAGCUCAGGGCAACUUCAAACUCCCAAAGCACUGUGACAACAACGAAGUUCUCAAAGCCCUUUGCUCCGAAGCCGGCUGGAUCGUCGAAGACGACGGCACCACCUACCGAAAGGGGUGCAGACCAAAGCAGGCGGAGGGAACGGGCGCGACACCACCGCGCGUGAGCGCGUGCUCAUCGGUUCAGCCCAGCCCACAAUCCUCGUCAUUUCCAAGCCCGGUUCCUUCGUACAACGCAAGCCCGGCCUCGUCAUCGUACCCGAGCCCGACCCGGUUCGAGCCCAACCCGUCGGCCUACCUCAUCCCCUACCUCCGAACCCUAGCUUCCUCCAGGAAUCUCCCUCCUCUCCGAGUUUCCAACAGCGCCCCCGUCACUCCCCCGCUUUCUUCGCCCAGAGGCUCCACCCCUAAAGUACUACCCCGAUGGCGAAUCAGUAAUUUCGCCGUCUCCGCCCCGUCAAGCCCGACGCGUCGUCUCAAUCGCACCGCGAUUCCCGAAUGCGACGAGUCGGACGUUUCGACGGUGGAUUCGGGUAGAUGGUUCUGUUUUCAGGCUCCGUCCGGUCCGCCGUCUCCGACUUUUAACCUCGUCAAUAAGAGCGGGGGCGACUCGGUGAAGCCAUGGGAGGGGGAGAAGAUUCACGAGGUCGCUGUAGACGACUUGGAGCUGACGUUAGGAAACCCUAAAGCUCGUGGUUGAUUAAGAAGGGCAUUAACGUAAAUCACAUCCAUUCGAUUCGAUGACCGGCCACUUUGACUUGAGCCGUGCCUCCCGUUUAACCUUUAGCUCCUCCUAGUGUUGGCCGUCUACUCUUAUAUGUACAUCUACUUUUUCAUGUAGUUUUUAAGAUUCGCUGUUCCAAUUAAUGAAUGAGAAGCCGGAGUUAUUCAACUCGA